AUGGAAUUACCAUCAUCAUCGGUGCCAAUUAAACAAAAAAAUAAAACGCUCGAUAAUGAGAGUAAACAACAGAAGAUAAACGAAGAUAAUAAUAAGCGUAAUUUAAGUGAAAAAACAAGUGAUACUUCUUCAAUAAUAAGUAAUGAGAAGGAUCCCAAAGAAAAUGAACUAAUUAUCUACGAAUUUCAUUUUCCUGUUGACCUUUGUGGUCGUCUGAUUGGCCGACAAGGCGUUCAUGUUGAUUAUAUUCGUCAAAUGGCACAAGUCGAUUUAGUUGUACGAGAUGACGCUAUUUCUUAUGAAAAACAAGUCGUUGCUUUACAUGGUCGUCGAGUUGACGUCGCACAAGCAAUUGAAUUAAUAGCAAAACGUUUUCCACUUGACCGUUAUCCACAAGUAACAUUUAAACCUAUUAAUAAAAAAAUUAUUGUACGACAACGUGCACCGGAAUGUGUACCAAUACCUUCAUCACUUGCUCAACUCUAUUUACCAGAUGGAAUACCAGCAGAAAUUCUUGUGACUAGUGUUGUUUCAUGUAAUCAUAUAUUUGUUCAACAAAUUUUACAUGCAUCUUAUCCUGAACUUACUCGUCUCGAUAAUUCGAUGUCAGUAUUUUAUCAUCAUACAGAAAUGACACCACUGUUACCUCGACCUAUUCAACCUGGUAUUAUUGUUGCAGCACCUACUCAAGCUGGUUGGUUUCGAGCAUUGAUUACAAUCUAUAACAGUAAUCACGAUAUGGCUAUGAUUAAAUUUCUUGACUACGGAGGUUAUCUCUAUGUCCAUGCAAAUUCUCUGCGUGUUCUCAGACAAGAUUUUAUGGUGAUUCCAUUUCAAGCAGUUGAAGUGUAUCUUGACAAUGUAGUACCAGCAGAUAAUCAAGAAGAUUUUACGCCAGAAUCAAUCGAGUCAGCUAAAGCAACACUUCUUGGUGCUUGUUUUAAAGCCAUUGUCACUGGGUAUCAUUACGAUAAUACACCCUUUAUUCAGUUAACAAAACGCCACGGAAAUGCACGUCCGAUUAAUAUUGAUGUUCAAAAAAUGAUCAAUAGUCAACAUCAAACAUCAGCUGUUACAAACAAUUCUAAUUCAUCUUCAAUACACCAAUUAGAACAAUCCGACGCAUCAGUAUUAUCCUCAACAUCCAAUUCAGAUGGUUAG